CGUGUCCACCGCCAGCGAAAGCCAUGCCUCAGAGCGCCGCGAGAGACGCGGCUCGACCCGCUCUCGGAUGCCUGUGAUGCGGGGUCUGAUCGCGCCACAAAACACCUUUUUGGAUACUAUUGCCACUCGUUUUGAUGGGACCCACAGUAACUUCGUCCUGGGGAACGCUCAGGUCCAGUGUCUGUACCCCAUUGUCUACUGCUCCGAUGGUUUCUGCGAACUGACUGGCUUUGCCCGCGGCGAGCUGAUGCAGAAGAGCUGCAUGUGUCACUUCCUGUAUGGGAGCGAGACCAGUGACCCCCUCACCGUGCAGAUGCAAAAAGCUCUGGAUGAACGCCGAGAGUUUAAGACUGAAAUCAUUCUGUACAAGAAGAGUGGUUCCAAGUUCUGGUGUCUGUUGGACAUUGUUCCCAUCAAGAACGAGAAGGGCGAGGUGGUUCUGUUCCUGGUCUCCCAUAAGGACAUCACAGAAAACAAGGACCAGGACCAUGGCAAUGACUCUGACAUUGAUGAGGAAACUGGUCUGGAGAUCUGCCAGAUCAGCCGCCCCCCAGGCUGUAACAUGGAGCGCCGGCGCAGUCGGGCUGUCCUCUACCAGCUGUCGGGACACCUGCAGAAACAGGACAAAACCAAGAGCAAGCUGAAGAUCAACAAUAGUGUACUUGGAGCCAAUGCAAACCCGGUCCCUGAGUAUAAGGUGGCUGACGUCCAAAAAUCCCGUUUCAUCCUCCUUCACUAUGGUGCGUUCAAGGCCGGCUGGGAUUGGCUGAUCUUGCUGGCCACUUUUUACGUGGCCAUCACCGUUCCCUAUAAUGUUUGCUUCACUGCUGUGGAGAUACGAGAGGACGGCGCCUCGGCGGCUCGAAACCCUCCGAGUGUCAGCGAUAUCUUGGUGGAGAUACUUUUUAUCAUUGAUAUUGUGUUGAACUUCCGAACAACUUAUGUGAGCACAUCUGGUCAGGUGGUCUACGAUGCCCGAUCCAUAUGUAUUCACUACGUCACGUCCUGGCUGGCUGUGGAUCUGAUUGCCGCCCUGCCCUUUGACCUGCUCUAUGCCUUCAAUAUCAGUGUGAACUUUGGCGUUCACAUGCUGAAGACGGUGCGCCUGCUACGCCUUUUACGCCUCCUGCAGAAGCUGGAUCGAUACUCCCAGUACAGCGCUGUGGUCCUCACGCUGCUCAUGUCCACGUUUGCACUGCUGGCCCACUGGAUGGCCUGCGUCUGGUACUUCAUCGGACGCAGCGAGAUUGAAAGUAAUAGUGUCACCUCCUGGGAUAUAGGCUGGCUCCAUGAACUGGCCAAACGCUUGGGAACGCCAUACUUUAUGGCACCGCUGACCUCCCUGCUGGGAGUCUCUGAAUUGCCUCAAGACACUGUGACAGCAGGACUAAGCAAUUACAGCCAGUGGAAUGGCUCAGGCCAGUGGAAUGGCAGCAAGACAAGAGUGAGAGCACCGAACGGCUCAGGGAUGACACUGAGCGGCGGCCCGUCUGUCAGGAGCUCCUAUGUGACAUCACUGUACUUCGCCCUGAGCAGUCUCACCAGCGUGGGCUUUGGCAACGUUUCAGCCAACACGGACUCCGAGAAGAUCUUCUCCAUCUGCACCAUGCUAAUUGGAGCAUUAAUGCAUGCCGUGGUGUUUGGUAACGUGACCGCCAUCAUCCAGAGGAUGUACUCACGCCGCUCCCUCUACCACACCCGCACCAAGGACUUGAAGGACUUUAUUCGUGUGCACAGGUUACCCAAGGCGCUGGAGCAGCGCAUGAUGGAGUGUUUCCAGACGACCUGGUCUGUCAACAACGGAAUUGAUGUCAGUGAGCUGCUGAAGGACUUCCCGGAUGAGCUCAGGGCCGACAUCGCGAUGCACCUGAAUAAAGAGCUGCUGCAGCUGCCCCUCUUUGAAUCGGCCAGCAGGGGAUGUCUGCGCUCCCUCUCUCUGAUCAUCAAGACCUCAUUUUGCGCUCCGGGGGAGUUCCUCAUCCGCCAGGGUGACGCGCUCCAGGCGAUCUACUUUGUGUGCUCUGGCUCCAUGGAAGUACUGAAGGACAACACUGUGCUGGCUAUUUUGGGUCGGGGUGAUUUGAUUGGCUCGGACUGUCUGACACAGGAAGAAGUUAUAAAGACCAAUGCCUGUGUGAAGGCAUUAACCUACUGUGACCUGCAGUACAUCAGCCUCAAAGGGCUACGUGAGGUGCUGUGCCUCUAUCCUGAUUACGCUCAGAAGUUCAUCACGGAAAUCAGGAAUGACCUGACGUACAACCUGCGGGAAGGGCACAACACUGAGGGAGACUGUGAGAGCAACGGAGGAAUCAUGAAAAAGCUUCCCUCCAUUAAGGAAGAUGAGGAGGGCUCAGGGUCCGAGGGCGAACACUCCCCUCUGCCCAAGAUGUCAUCCCUUGGCAGGCUGGGCCGCGGCCUGCGUUCCCCCCUCCGCUCCCCUCUCCGCUCCCCGCUGCUGCCGCCGAGGCCCUUCCGACCCACAAGUGAUCCCGUCCGGCCCUCCAGCCUGCAGAUCCCCGUUGUGAGCUUCAGCUGCCUGCAGUCGGACCUCAGCCCGCGGUUUGUGGAUGGGAUCGAGACAGAAAACCACAGCAGGUCAACCCCAAGGUUUGAUUUUUCUCCCAGUGCAACGCAGAGUUUUCUGCCCAGCCCCGAUUCAGCCACCUCAGGGGCCCGUGAUGACACCAUGCAGACUAUUGCAAAGCUUAAACAUGAGAUGUCUGUCCUCUCCCGUCAAGUAUCCAUCGUGAGCCAGGAGCUGCAGGAAAUGACACGACUUCUCAAGCCUCUCUUCCACAACCCGUCCGCACUGCUGUCACCCAGUGCUGUGACUCCACCCCCCAGCGUGUCCUCGUUCAGCUGCUCUCUGGCCCCACCCCUCAAUACCCAACAUGCACCUGUGCGCUGUUCUGAUGAUCAAAAUCCUCCACCCACCCCGAUGCAUGAACCGCCCUCUCCACAGCUGAGCAUGACCGAGGCGUUUCAAGGAGAGUUUGAUCCACUUCAUUACUCUCCUUCCCAAACCAUCUCCCUCCAUAAUCCUCCACACUCUCAUCAGACCAGUACCGCUCCCCCAGCCUCUCAUCGCUCAGCUCCCCCUUCACUCAACAGCUCUCCUCAUGAGCACACAGUUGUACCACAUCCCUCCUCUUCCUCCUCCAUCCCUUCUCUUUCUUCAUCAAGCCACCCAUCAUCCACUGCUCCCCUUCUGGUAGAUUUAUUGGAGCCACAAGCGCGGCCUCAGUCCCAUUUCCCACUCCAAUCCCAGUCUGAGUCCCACUUCUUAUCCCAGGCUUAUCCUCAUUCCCUUUCCCAGUCUUCUCUCCAAACCUCCAGCAUGGCGUCACAUUCCCGAGAGCCCCUCCUGGACCUGCAGGGGGUGGAGUGGGGGGAGCACACCGCUCAGCUCAGCCUCGUAGAUGAAGGACAGUCCUCAAUGUGAGCGUACAGGAGGAAGACUGGGAGCAGCA